CAUAUAUCCGGAAGUUGGGUGUUGUUACUCAGGCGGACUCUUUCCGUGUAGGUACGCCGAGUUACAGGUGGCAACACCGAUACUGUUGCUCACAAGUGGGCUCUUUUAUCAUAUACGUGGUUUUUAAAUUGACGUGAGUGUUUUUCUCGUUGUUCCACGCGUGUUAUUUAUAAGAGGAGCCACGUCGUGCAACACAAACAUGUUGGUUUCGGUGACGUUGUUCCUCUGGGCAGCGACAGGUGUUAAUGGCUAUUCAGUCACUACCAAAAAUGCUGAGGUGCAGGUGAGGGAGAAUGAAGGGACUGACCUGACAUGUACUUACUCGGGAGACUUUGGUUCAGAGGCCAGAGUUGAGUGGAAAUUUAAAGACCUAGGAGGCUCACAAACAUAUGUGGUUUUUAAUGGUCAACCAACACAACCAUAUUCCAGCCGUGUGACGAUCUAUGGAAGCAACAUUAGAUUCUCCAAAAUGACCCCUAAAGAUACUGGAGUGUAUGACUGUGAAGUGUCGGGCAAUGGCCAGUUUGGGGAAACCAGAGUGAAGCUGACUGUUUUGGUGCCUCCAUCUAUGCCUGUGUGUAGGGUCCCUCCCACUGUGACAACGGGUAAGACGGCCCACUUGUCCUGCCACGACAACAUUGGCUCACCUCCUCCCAAAUACAGGUGGUACAAAGACGGCACACUUCUGCCUCCGGAUCCAAGCAAGAUUUCCGGCUUCAAAAAUGCCACCUACCAUCUAAACACAGAGAACGGCAACCUGGAGUUUCCCAGAGUGACCAAGAUGGACUCAGGUCAGUACUACUGUGAGGCGUACAAUGACGCUGGUCCUCCGCAGCGCAGUAAAGAAGCCAAGAUGCAAGUCCGUGACAUAAACACAGGAGGAAUUGUUGCUGGCGUAAUUGUGGCUCUGCUGCUAUUGGCCCUCCUGGGAUUUGGACUUUGGUAUGCACACAAGAAAGGAUACCUGCCCAAGAAAGAUGAAAGUAAACCGAACGUGGUCUACCAGCCUCCAUCAUUGUAUGGCGGUGAAGAUGAUGAUGGAGAAUUUAAACAGAAGUCAUCAUUUGUGGUGUAGUCUUCAAGAAGAGGUCAAAACAAGAGAACACCUUGGGUUUUAAAGCUUGAGCUUUGAGCUUGUAUUUAUCCAGAUUUUCGAUUGAGUGGAUUUCUUAUUUACUCCGGCUAGAUAAUGAAAUAAGAUGUUAUUAAAUGAGCUGUGACUCAUUUUAGCCUCAGGCCCUGUGUGUGUGUGUGUGUGUGUAUGAUUGUUUUCUGCCUCCUAAGAGAGCUAAGUUGUGUUGAAACUGUGCAUCUGGUUGUAAAUACAGGAUGUCAUAUCUAGUACACUACCACUACUAUGGCGGAACAGGGUACAUGGAGGGUUUUUUUUCUGUGCAAAGUCAAAACACAACUGACAGCAUUUUUCUUUAUUUAACUUUAUAGACAUUCAAAUUUACAUUGCAUUCAUUGACCUUUUUUUUUACACAAAGCAGAAGCUGUUGUAAAGUAUCUUUCUAUCAUGGUGUAUUAAGAUUCCCUUCCCUGUGAAUACUAUGCACUAAUUGACAUUUGUAGAAUGUAGAAUUUACAAACCAGAAGUAGUUUUCACUGAACUUCUCAACACAAAACUGACAAAUCUUUAUUCGAUGUUCUUGUGAUUGUUGGAACAGAGCUACGUGUAAGAUAUGGGAAUAUUUGUCCACUGGUGUUUAAAAUGCGUACCAUGAUCCAAAUUUAAAAUAUUGCUGAGCUUUGUCUCCCCUUAAUUGAAUACCUAGGAGAAAUUUAGCCACAUCGACAUAUGUCCUCAUGUUGCUCUCUGCUUCCAGCGCCUACAUUUUUAAAUGCGUAAUCAGUUUUACAUUUAUUAAUAACUCAUUUACUUUUCCUUUUUAUUUUUAAAGGUGCAGUGCCUUAGAUUCACUAAGCUCAUGCAUUUUGUAGUCAUAAUAUGUUAAACAUUUUAAAUGCACAUUUUGAUAAUUUAUAGUUGAAAUAGGUAUAUUUUGUCUGCCUUUGUGGGAAAUACAUUUACAAACUUGAUCAUUAGAUUCAGUACAUCAGUAAACUUUGACAUCACAUGUUUGUAAGCAUCACGUGCAGCCUUCCCUAAGAUUGUCACUUUGGUAUAUGUUGCUUAAUAAAAAAAUAGUUUUUA